UUCUUUUUUUUGCGUGCUUCAAGUGAGAUACAUGUUCACAGUUGCGAUUGCUAAUAUUUGAACUGUACUACUCUUUGCAUUGUAUCGUGCCUUUUGACGCUCUUUACGACUCACAUUCUCGAGCUUUCACAUUACACUGUUUUUGUUGGUGUUUGUUUUUGAUGUUCUGAAUGUGUGUAUGUGCGAAUGUUUCGUGGCACAAAUGAAACGUAUGGAAUUUUCCCGUUUGAAGGUCAUUGUAAUUUUUAGCGGAAUUAUUCUUUCUUUAUUCAGGAUGAAAGUAAUCGCAAACCAUUCCAAAAAAGCACACACCAAUGAACAAUAACAACAACAACAACAACAGCAGCAACGGGCAAAAUGAAACAUUGAGCGUGUUUAAUGAACAGCUUGGAAUGCAUUGCUACAACUUCAUUAUUCAUCGUCUGUGUUUAUUGAGCCUGUUUCGCAAUGAAAGAACAUGCACAACGAAAGCCAAUCCAAACGGAAGUCGAUUUUUUCGCGGCUUUUCGACUGAAUUUGUCUCGGUUGUCAUAAUAAAUGCAAAUCGCUAUCGACAUAAUAUUACAUGUUGCUAUAAAUGUCUGGUUGUUUUUUCUGAAUGUGGAAAAUUCUGUCGAACUAAAAGUAGGUCUCUGCAAACGAAAAUCAGCUGACAUGAAUAGGUAACCAACAACCCACACUUAACACAUACUCAAUUUCAAAAUUGAGUGAGCGGUAUGGAUGUGCAAUUCAGGUUGAACAUUUUUGAUUUAUGGAAUUUGCCGUUCGUGUUUUCGAUCCGGAAUAUUCAGUGCUAUAAAUAUCACCGCACGGUACCUUUCUCUUCGACCGUAAAUCAUAUCAUAUUUUAUCUCCACAUUUCGAUGGAAUAACGAACAAAAAAAUUCCAAUUUUCGCGAUACAAUGCUCAGUGAUGUGAGAAAUGUGCAUUACAUACAUUCGACCGGACAGUUAAAAGCGCUCGCUUUAUCGCACCCAUAGUUAUAAUCAAUCACUGUAAAUGAAAUUGAAUAGAACGAAAAUGUUCCGGAUUGAAUCUUUUUAAUAAUAUCACAUUCUUUCUGUUUUCUCAUUUCUCUUUAGAUGCUUCCUUCAUCUGAGGGCUGUUGCAAGUUAUUUACAUGAAUGCAAAUAAAACGAUUCGACGCUUCGCAACAACAACGACUUCAGCACGACUAGAACAACAGCGUGUAAUCCCCAACGAAGGAGAACAACAGAUUUUGUUGUCAAGUGAAUAAAGGGCAGCAUUUUGCAUCGUUUGAAUGCGGGUGCUUACUUGGAAAUUGUAUAUCAAAACCAAACAGAGGAACGAGAAUUUUUGGCGAGAAAUUUUUAAUUUAAACCGUGUACUUAAUUAAUCGCUUGACUGCAAAUUGGAAAACGAUCCGUAUUAAAAGAGACGUGGUUAAAUGCGCGCCGCGCGUCAAGAAAUCAAAAAUAUAUCAUAUUUUGUGUAAUUUAUGGUUUGAAUUUCAUCAGCCAAAAAUAAUCGGGAUCAAAUAAAUAUUAUUAACAAAGAAAAAACGACGAUUCGAGAACCGGUCUGAGUUAUCUCGAAUGAACUGACACAUAAAGGCCAAAAAGCGAUAAAAUUAUCAGUUGUUUUUCGUGCAAAAACGAUAUAGAUUUUCAGUAACUCGUGGGUGUCGGGUGUUAAUUUGGAUAUUUCAAAUCAAGCGCGCCCAAAUUCGCACGCAUUUUUAUCGCAUUCUAAUCUAUUCUCGUUGGUUUAUUGUACCGCUCGGCAGUUGGCCGUAGCGCAAAAGUCGAAAUCGAUUUUAACAACUCAUCCUGAUACACAUUGACUUUAUCGCAAAACAUCAACCGACGAAGAACAGUGCGCAAAACUAACAUCGACUAAAUGAGUGUUCAGUCGGUCAUUGGGGCCAAAUCAAAGCGUUCUAGUAUUGAAUGCGCUUCUCCAAAUCAAAGCCACAAAUCAAAAUAUGUGAAUCGGUUCGUGUUCUGUGAAAUUUAAAAUCAAAUUCAAAUUUUUCCAACAAAAAAUAAAUAAAAUACAAGUAUAAAAACUAUGAACAAUAACACAGUUUCGCCCGUGGUUUCGAUAUCAGUGCAAACAUUGGCUGCAGCCUUGGCAACCAAUUCAACAGCAGACAUGGCAAGCAACGAUGCAAUUGCAGCCGCAUUCCCAUACAAUCGAAUGCAAACAGAUCAAGUUGAGUCGGAUGUCACCAAUCAACCAUGGCUAGCACACGAUCGUUACACCGAAAUCCGCGAGAAUGUGGUUCUAUGGUCGAUAAUAGAUGGUUUACUCUUUGUAACGAUUGUGUGCGGAAAUUGUUUGACCAUUGCAGCCGUACAGUUGAGUCGACGAUUACGGAGUGUGGUUUCGAAUUUGUUCAUUCUAUCAUUAGCCAUAUCGGAUUUAUUGGUCGGUCUAACCAUACCGUAUCACUUAGCAUUUUAUUUGGAUGUGACACUGGGCGAAUCGCAUAUCGUGUGCAUCAUGAAAUUUUUCUUUAACAUUGUUGCGUGCUGCGUGUCCAUUUGGAAUUUGAUUGCGAUUGCAAUUGAUCGGUACGUCGCCAUCGUGUAUCCAUUACAUUACAGUCGAUGGAUAACAAAGCGAACGGCAAUCACAGUGAUUUUAUUCGGUUGGAUAUCGGGCACAUUGAUGGGUGCCAUACCGCUGUUUUGGAACAACUGGGCCACUUCCACGGAAUGUGAAUUUGAUGAGAUCCUGCCGCCAUGGUAUAUGGCUGGCAUUAUAACACCGGUCUUUUCACUUAUUUGGUUCUGUAUGCUUACACUCUACUGGCGAAUAUGGCGAGAGGCCUACAAACAUGCAAAGCAACUGCGAGCAAGCAUUUCGGGACUGCACGACGGUGGACAUUCCGACUGGAAAAGUGUGCAGGUUGUUAUUUUGAUUUUGGGAUGCUUUACGAUCUGUUGGCUGCCAUAUUUUGUGGUGGCGUGUUCGCAGAUAUUCAAGUUCGCCGCAAACAGUUCGCCAAUUUACUACAAGGCUGCAUUUUCCUUGGCAAUGGCAAAUUCGGGCAUGAAUCCAGUGAUUUAUGCAUGGAAGAAUCGUACAUUUCGACGAGCAUUCAUUCACUUGUUGCGCUGUCGAACGCCCGACUCGCACGCUCUAAUUGACGACGAAAAUGCACGACAGAAUAUGAAGCGAAAAUCAUCAUCAUUAGCGCCAUCAUUAUCGGCACCGCCACCCACACCAAACAGUGUGAUUGCAGCCACACCACCACCGAUAAACGCCCCUGAUUCACAUCAUCAUCGUUCGUCGUUGCAUCGAUAUCAUCAUGGAUUCACGACCGCUUUCCCGCUACCACCACCGCCGCCGUCUCCACAGUCGCCGGUUCAAGAGCCAAUGGAAACCAUUGUCAUUGCUCCAAAUGUGAGAUGUGUUUUCGAUUCACCAACCGAAGCUCAUGCUGACAUUGAAAAUAAUAAUGAUGAACAGCUAAACAACCACUUGUACUUGCAUCCGAGCAUGAAUCGUUGGCAUUCGUUUAGUAAAAAUCAUCACAUCAUCAUGGACGAUGAUAUGCUGAAGACCGAAUUUAAGAAUUUCAACAAUAAUGAAUUGUAUUUGCGUCGCUUGACCACAACCAGUCCAGCCGAAUCAAUUGUUUCGGCCCCAUUAACGCCGACGGGAAAUUUAAUCGUAAACAUACUGGACAAUUUGGAAAAUCAUCAUCAGCACAACACCGACAAUAUGAAUCGCAAAAACUAUCGAAACAGUACGAACUGCGUAAUUGGACAUAAUUCCAACGUCGACGGAACAACAACGCCGAUUUCAUAUCACCCAAACAACAAAUUGCCCACUGUUGCGCUUAAUUCGGCCGCCACCACUGCUGCCGCUGCCGUUGUCGACCAUCGAUUUAACGGUCAUACAAAAACCAUUCCAAUUCCGAUCACAUCAAAUACAUCGCAAAACGGCGGCACACUGGUUCAGUGUGUCACCAUUGCAAUUAACAACAACGACAAUGUCGGACACAUUAUUCAAGACGAUGACCAUCACCAUCACCACCACCACCUCCACCGCCACAAUAACUCAAUCAAAUCGAAUAGUUUGUAUUGCAAUCGAGGCUACAGCCUGAGCAGCAGCGCACCGCAAUGUAUCAAUUGCUGGAGUGGACCAACAUGAACGAAUUUUCAUCACAGUACACAUAUUUUCAACACAGGAUAAACACUCAUCAAUUUCCUUGCGAAAAAAUAUACAAAAGUGAAAGAAAAACAACCCGCCCGCGAAUGGUUUCAUUCCAUUGUUGUAGUGUAGUUAAAUUUUAGCAAUGAUCAAAUGUUCCGUCAAACAAACAGGUUUCAGGGAAUAUGUAGGUAUGUGUGUGUGUGUGUUUCACCAUUCAAUCUCGUGUUUAAUUUUCUUGUGAAAUUGUUGAAUGAAACAAAUGAGCGAAUAUUUCCAUAUUUACAUUUGCACACGUUCCAUAUUCCGUUUGUUUGAAAGAGUUGUAUAGUUAAAAUUCAACAGAAACACUCCAAAAGCUUUAAAUACCAAGAAAAAUCUAUGUCCUAACCAUAGAGAGCUGACAACCAGUGCACAGAGUGCAGAAUAUCCAUUUGGAAUUGAAAUUCAUUGAUUUAGAUAUAUGUGGGCAGAAUAAAUGACGUUGUUUACCAUGUGUGUAUGGCGGUGGUAAAUUAAUGAAAUGUACUAAAUCAAUGUUUGAGCUUCUUGAGAAAUGGAAUGACGCAAAUCUUGGUGAAAAAAGCAAAGCCAAAAUGAUGUGUACACAUGACAAAUGUAGAUAGAAAUAGUUAAGCAAAUCGUCGCAUCGUUUGGAUAUUUUUUCAACAAUUUUUUUAAGGGAUUUCCAAAGAAAAGAAAAACGAGUCCAAAAUGAAGAAGGAAAUAGUUGAUUUUUCAUGUUGUAAAGUUUAACGAGUUAAUGGAUAAAGAAUGCGCAACAAAGUUUUCCUCUUUUGUUUGCCAAUAUAUUUCAGCACGUUCCAUGGCCAUACCAUAUGGUUUUAUAAUAAGAAAACUUUUUCACCUAGACAUUGCUCUAUUCAAAUGUGGAACGACGGAAAAAUUAAUGACAUUCGAUUUUUCUAUCGUCAUCCCUUUCUUUUCCACUUACAGUCAAUUGGAAGUUAUCUCGCUUUCAAUCUCGACAAAAGAACAUGCACACAGAGCAAACUUUUAACCAAUUUCAGUUGUCAGAAAGAGACAGUGGGGCGGAACAGAAUGAAGUGAUAUUCUAUGAAGAAAAAUCGAAUAAAGUUUUCAAGCCAAAUUAAACAUUCAUAACAGAGAGACAUCUCCAGAUUAAAUAUUUAUUCAUAGUAUACCAUAUAGUGGAUAGUAUAUAGCUAGUUGUAAGUUUAACAUUUCAAUUCAUUUGAGAGUACGAGAAACGUUGAGAGAACGACAACGACGUUCAGGCGAAUUGGGAAUCAACUGGACGAGAACUACGAAACGUGAGAAAGUGUAAUUUAUUUUAAUAAAAGAAAAAGUAGAAGGAGACGAGGGAAAAAACACUAAGUUUAUUUUAUGUAAAUUACCUGUGAUAUAAUGUUUAUGUUUUAGACAUAAAUAAGGAAUCGAUGCCAAGCAUUCUGAUGAAAUGAACACAACACUUUCGAGAAUUGAAACGAAUCACAUUAAAUAAAUGAUUAUUUCAUGUAAAUGUCACAAAUGAUCAAAUCCAUGUUACUAUCUCAAUAAUCUAUAAAAAUCAAUAUAAAUGAAAUUCCAUUUUGGUGUAUUUUGUACCCUUUUUCAUACACACUUGCACACGCACUCAAUCACCCAUUCCAUACACAAACACAUACACAUACACAUACACAUACAGCAAUCCCCUCCCGAAUAACAUAGCUGCAUCACAAAUAUUGCAUUUAAAAUGAUUGUCCAUGUUUAUUUGAUUCGUUCAAAAGAAAACAUUUAUUAACUAUUCAACAGUCUGGUCCAUGCGAUUUGGUGCGAUUGUCAAAGAAAAUACCAAUUGGAAAUUGGAAUUGUCAUGAUGCACCCACCCUCCUCAUAGCACAUGAUCGAGCGAAAAGCAGAAUACCAUACAAUGUGGACACAUUGGAACGAGAAGUUUAGCAACGAUGCCAAUGUAACGGAGAAAAGAACGUCGAAUGUGUGGAUAAAGAAAUGAAAGAAUUGCCAAUGGUAGUGAACAUGUUCGAUUUUGCACAGCGGUAGCGUGUCUAACUGCUCGCAGUAGCAUCUUAACUUGAAUGUGAUGAAAAAUUGACUUGAUUUUCGUUGGCAAACAGCAACGGAGAAACAAAUUGUGGCAAAGAAUUUCUGCUCCAUUCGGUAUGCAAUCGUGUGCCGAUUGAGAUGAACACACAUGGCAAAUAAAAACGAGCACACUGAUGAAAAUGAGUUGGUAUAUUUUUCUUGAUUUUGGAUGAAUUGAAGGAUUUUUAGAUUUAAUGUUGAUUUUUAUAAUUUU